AUGACCACUAAAGGCCCUGUACAGCAAUCACAACCGUUCACUGCUUUAUCAACUGUAUCAGAAGCUCAGUUACAAACAUUGCAAUCUAUUACUCAGAACGCUUUGGAUUUGGGCCAGAAUUUCAGCGUUAGGUCGGGCAAUAUCCAACCUCAGGCACUGAACAAGAGUUCCACAGAUCAUUCCGAUUUGUCCGAACUUCCACGAAAUCCCAGUCUGAGCAAAAUAGGAACAUCUAGUGACUCGUCUUCCGGUUCACCACAACUACAGACGGAUAGUACAGACUUGGGCAUGAGACGACCCUCGACUGGGUCGCGAAACGCCGCGCUGUUAUUGAAUGGGAAUUAUACAAAUUGGCCCCAAUCACCCAUUCUCAUCUCUUCGCCGUUCAAUAAUCCGGGUUACGAGUUGGAACGACUAUCGUUGCAACGGGAGUUGGACGAGGUACGACAACGACUGGAUUCAAAAGAAGAUGAACUAGAAGCGAUCAAACGUCAGCGUGAUUUCGUGGCAGAACAUUUGCGGGAUUCCUUGGGCGUAAUCCAGAAAUUGUUUCACUCCUUGCACGUCUCUCCAUCCGACCUAUCCCGUCCACUCUAUGUGGACACGGAUCACCCUGGUACUGGUAGUGAUCCAAGCACUGGUGGCUACAGUGCGACCGGUCUCACCGCAUCCGAGGUCUCCCCUAUGCCUGACGAAGAAGAUCCGAUUGGCACAGAACAUCCUCACCACGUAAUAACGGAAUCCGCGCAAAUGAACUCCGUGUCACAGCAACACUCACCUGGGAACACCAGUAAUGAGGUGUUACUAGAUCGCAGACAGUUGCAACAGCAACAGGAAGCACUAGCCGCAUUGUUUGCAAAUCCAUUUGUCACGGCAUUGCUAAACUCAACAAAUUCAGGGCUCGAUCCCAAUGUCGGUCUCGGGGUUGGCGCGAAUUCAGUACCGCUAUGGUCCCGUACUGCCGCAGACCCUCCGACAAAAGAAACCUGCCUGACUGAUCGCUCAGCCCCUAGCUUCGAGAAGACAGGGAUUACUGGCAUUGUGAAUACCGAUCCUGUGUUAACUGAUUCCAAAGGAGAGCAGCGGACUCCUAACGAUCGGGCUACCACUCAACCCGUCAUAACCGGUUCAACGCAAACGCCGAACGAAGUUCACUCAAACCUUGCAUGA